GAUGAAAGCAACGAUGGGUGCUCGUGUUCGACCUGGAACUGCUAUGCUUGAUGGCAUUACUUCCGCCUCCAAUGAUGCCAUUCCAGGGCUUCUUCGAAGGGCCAGGUCUUCAAAUUCCAUUGCCAGGCCCUUGUCGGGCGAUGUGCUGAGGGCCUUUGAUACCUACAACAAUGACCUGGCUGCUGUGGCCGAAGGCGAUCAAUUUGCUUCCCAGUUGAGAGUAUCUGCUGUAAUUCUUUACGGUGAUCAUUUCUCUAAUGCAUCUUACCUGCCCGCAGUUGCUCCGCCUGCCGGUUCUGCACGUCGCCGGGCUCCUUCCACACGUGGGCCUGCCAAAAGCACAGCCAGCUCUGUGGUGAGCAAGAAGAGUCUCAUCCAGGAGAGUUUCAGGACUGAGGAGGAGAAGCACAAGAAGUUCAGUGAUGCUGUCAAGAAGGAGAUCUCGAACCUCACCUCAAUCCUCAUGGACCUGAACUCGGACAAUGAGAGGUUGCAAAAGAUUAAGUCGGGCGCAGCUUUGGACAAGCUUUGUGUCAAGAUCAGCGAUGAGAUCGAGAAUCUGAAGUUGACGCGUGGCCAAGCCAAGGGUCUCCUGACAGAGUUGCGCAAGCGCGCGAUCCUUCGACGCUGGAUGAAAGCCUUGAUCAGCUGCUGCUUGGAAGAUAGCCUGGGUGAAACCUAUGGUUCAGGGCUGCUCUCUGGCUUUUCCUCCCGACCACUGCGUGAAGAUGAGUUUCAUGGUCGUGUUCGAAAGGCUGGAUUGGCACUACAAACAGAGGUGACAUUUGUGGCCACGCCUGUUAUCCAAGGGGAUGAGGAGGCUUCUGCGUUGAUCACAGAAGGCUUCCUUGAGACGAUGUAUCCAUCACCUGCGGCGUUGGAGACAUAUUGGGCUAGGCUGCUACCUGACUUCGAGGAUCACUGGCUACGCCGCUGUCCCGAGCGAUGGUCUACUAGCAUACCCAUAGUGAUUUGGGGUGACGAGGGGUACAUGAUCUACUCAUUGUUGGCCAGUCGUUAUUACAUCCGGGACCACAUCAAUGAAAGUUUGAACCAGCUCAACAUUGCCGUGGUAAAUGACCUGAACAACCUCAUGUCCUCUGGAAUUGCCGCAAGCAGUGGGGUGUGCUUCAAAUGCUUGGCAAGCCGUGGCAACCACUGCUUCUCCCUUGUCUAUACAGAUGUCACAGAGUCUGCGGGCUGGCGGGAAACGAUUGGGGUUCUGGAUCCGUGGGUAUUUCCUUCAGCUUUCUGCAAGCUGCGCGGCUUCGAUCAGAAAAUGGUACAGAUUGAUUUCAUGCAUACAUUCCAGUUGGGUGUAUGUCAAGAUCUCAUUGGCUCCAUUAUCAAAAUUCUCUGCCGAACACGUGGCAUGUUUCCUGGGCACACAAUUGCGCUACGUUUGAACCAACUGUUUGCAGAGAUCAAGGCCUGGGCUAGAGAAAACGGACAACAGAUUAGCCUCAAGCGGCUACGAAAGAAGACCCUCUCUUGGUCAAAGGGCUGUCCAGUGUUCAAAUCAAAAGCCGCAGAUUCAACAGUAUUCCUACGAUUCUUGAGCGAGAAGCUUCAACGCGAACCACCUGCCCCUGGAAGCCCAUACCCUGGUCUAGUGGCCGCGGCUUGGGCAGCCGAUCAGCUGUCUGGAUGUUUGAUGAGAGCUGAUACCUUCCUCACUGCGGAUGAAAAACAUCACACAACAGUCAUUGCCAACGUGUUCCUCACCACUUAUGCGGGUCUUGCUUCCGAAGCUGUCGAACGGGGCGAGUAUUAUUUUAAGAUGCGGCCGAAGUUUCACUACCUACAACACAUGCUGGAAGAUGACAGAUGCUUCGCAAAGUUAGCCACAGAACCGCAGAACGCCAGUUGCUACGUCGCAACGCUGAAGCUGUUA